UCAUUCCGACAAUAACACGAAACACUCUUUAUUCGAACGACACCGGGAUCUCUCGUUCAGUAGAUCACCAGCCUUACUCCGACGUUUAUUACGAAUUAUUCGGUGACUCGGUGACAACUACUUUGGACUUUUCUGUUGCGUGUGGAAGCCCCCGCUGAAAAUAAGGAAAAUCUCUUUGGAAGAAAAAAAGCGCUUACGCGAAACGAAGUGAAUUUUUUUUUACUGCAAAAAAAAACGCACAACCUUUUUCAAAAAAAAAAAAUUUUUUUUUAAUUAAAUUUAACAACAACAACAAAAUGUCUUCAUCACAAGCUGUACGCACCUCAAAGUACUCUUAUAGAGCCAGCUCCACUGCACCCGGUGUUGAGAACAUCAACAUUGAAUAUACCGCCGAUUUGAGCGCCCUUUCUCGUCUUGAGGAUAAAAUCCGUUUGCUCCAGGAUGAUCUUGAAGCUGAACGUGAAUUGCGCCAAAGGAUCGAACGCGAGAAGGCCGAUCUCAGUGUCCAAGUCAUUCAGAUGUCUGAACGCCUUGAAGAAGCUGAGGGUGGUGCUGAACACCAAUUCGAGGCCAAUCGCAAGCGUGAUACCGAAUUGUUGAAAUUGCGCAAAAUGCUCGAAGAUGUCCAUUUGGAAUCCGAAGAAACUACCAUGGUGCUUAAGAAGAAGCACAACGAAAUUAUUGCCGACUUCCAAGAACAAAUCGAUAUCCUUACCAAAUCGAAGAGCAGGGCCGAGAAAGAAAAGGCCAAAUUCCAAGCUGAAAUCUAUGAGUUGCUCAGCCAAAUCGAAGUCUGCAACAAGGAGAAGAUCGUCUCCAGCAAACAUGUCGAACGUUUGGAAGUCUCCAUCUCCGAAAUGAAUAUUAAGAUUGAGGAACUCAAUCGCACCGUCAUCGACAUCACCUCACACAAGUCUCGCCUCUCGCAAGAGAACAUUGUCUUGAUCAAGGAUGUCCAAGAUCUUAAGUCCCAAUUGGAAACCGUCUCAUAUUCCAAGAGCCAGAUUGUCUCCCAAUUGGAAGACUGUCGUCGCCGUUUGGAAGAUGAAGAUCGCCGUCGCUCCAUGUUGGAAUCUCAACUUCAUCAAGUUGAAAGCGAAUUCCAAUCUGUUCGCCUUCAAAUUGAGGAAGAAACUGAGGCCCGCAUUGACUUGGAACGUCAGUUGGUCAAGGCCAAUGGCGAUGCUGCCAACUGGCAAAACAAAUACUCUGCCGAGGUAGCCGCUCGUGCCGAGGAGUGCGAGGAAAUCCGCCGCAAAUAUCAAGUGCGCAUCACCGAAUUGGAGGAACACUUGGAAUCCAUGAUUGUCAAGUUGAACAAUUUGGAGAAGCAAAAGACUCGCUUGUCCAGCGAAGUGGAAGUGCUCAUCAUCGAUUUGGAGAAAUCCAACAACACCUGCCGCGACUUGCAAAAGCAUGCCGUCUCAUUGGAGAAGGAGAACAUUAGCAUCAAGAAGAGUUUGGAAGAGACUGUCGUCUUGUAUGAGAACAGCCAGCGCGACUUGAAGAACAAGCAAGCUGACUUGCAACGCAUCAUUCACGAAAUGGAUAAGGUUAAGGAUGCCAAUGGCCAAUUGGGACGUGAGAACAAGAAACUCGAACAUGAGCUCCAUGAUGCUAAGGGUGCCAUUAACGAAUUGAACCGUCGCUUGCAUGAAUUCGAAUUGGAGUUGCGUCGUUUGGAAAAUGAACGCGAUGAAUUGACUGCUGCCUACAAGGAAGCUGAGGCUGGUCGCAAGGCUGAGGAACAACGCGCUCAACGCGUUGCUGCUGACUUCAACCAAUUCCGUCAUGAAGCUGAGCGUCGCAUUUCCGAGAAGGAUGAAGAAAUCGAACUUAUCCGCAAACAAACCUCCAUUGAAAUUGAGCAGUUGAAUGCUCGCGUCGUUGAAGCCGAAACCCGCUUGAAGACCGAAGUCCAACGCAUCAAGAAGAAGUUGCAAAUCCAAAUCACCGAAUUGGAAAUGUCCUUGGAUGUUGCCAACAAGACCAACAUCGACUUGCAAAAGGUUAUCAAGAAGCAAUCUUUGCAAUUGACCGAAAUCCAAGCCCACUAUGAAGAUAUCCAACGCCAAUUGCAAUCCACCAUGGACUCUUAUGCCGUUGCUCAACGUCGUUUGGGUGUCAUGAAUGGUGAAUUGGAUGAAGUUCGCUCUCAAUUGGACAGCUCUGUUCGUGCCAAGCGUACCGUUGAAAUCCAAUUGGAAGAAGCCAACACCCGCAUCAAUGAAUUGCAUGUUACCAAUGUUAACUUGGUAUCCAUCAAGACUAAAUUGGAACAAGAAUUGAGCGUCAUCCAAUGUGACUAUGAAGAAGUCAGCAAGGAAUUGCGUCUCAGUGAUGAACGUUACCAGAAGGUUCAAGUUGAACUUAAGCACAGCAUUGAACAAAUCCAUGAAGAACACGAACGUAUUGUCAAGUUGGAAACCAUCAAGAAGUCCUUGGAAGUCGAAGUCAAGAACUUGUCUGUCCGCUUGGAAGAAGUUGAAUUGAACGCUGUUGCUGGCAGCAAGCGCAUCAUCAGCAAAUUGGAAGCCCGCGUCCGUGAUUUGGAAUUGGAGUUGGAGGAAGAGAAGAGGAGACACGCCGAAACCAUCAAGAUCUUGAGAAAGAAGGAACGUACCGUCAAGGAAGUCAUGGUACAAUGCGAAGAAGACCAAAAGAACAUUAUGUUGUUGCAAGAAGCUUUGGACAAAUCCACCAGCAAGCUCAACAUGUUCAAGCGUCAAAUGGUUGAACAAGAGGGUGUUUCCCAACAAACCAUUACCCGCGUGCGCCGUUUCCAACGCGAAUUGGAGGCUGCUGAAGAUCGUGCCGAAAAUGCCGAAUCCAAUUUGAACAUGAUCCGUGCCAAGCACCGCACCUUCGUCACCACCUCCACCGUUCCCGGUUCCCAAGUCUACAUCCAAGAGACAACAAGAACGAUCACCGAAUAAAUUAAUUCUUUAUAAUUCUUUAUAAGAGACGCUUCUUAAACUCAAUCCUCAAGAGAACCAAAAACAACAACAUCAACAAAAAACACACACCAAAACCACAUUACUUUAUCAAGUUUUUAUAUAAAACAAAAAAAAAAAAAAACAAAAACAAAACAAUGUAUUUAUAAAAAGGAAAAAAAUGAACAACAGAACAAAUCAACAACAAACUUCUGCCAACAUCUACGAAGUCAUCUUCUUUUUUUAUAAUCAUAUUUCGAAUAAAUGUAUUUUAAUUUAAUUUUAAUCUACCACAGAAAAAAAUGAACAACAAAUAAAAUUUUAAAUUUAAGAAAAAAUCAACAACAACAACAACAACCCAAUAUCAAAUCAACCAACCAACAAACUUUUUGUUUUACACAUUUAUUUGUCUGCAUAAUUGUUUAGAUUUGCACAACCAGACACAAACAGAGAGAACAAAAACUUUUCAAA